AGGAAGCGUCGGCGCUCGCGGGAGCCCGACUGGAAUACCUUUUACCGCAACGGCCUCCCCAAGGAGAUCAUCGUCAUCGACGACACCCCCGAGCCCGAGGCCAACACGGGCCGCAAGAUUGCGAAUGGGACCGCCGUCGUGCCCGACUCGGCCGCCACGGCUGCUGCCCAGUCGUCGGCCAAGAAGCGAAGGCGAGACGAUCAGCCGCUGGGCUACCACGUCCAGUACGUGGGCGGCUCGCACACAGCUUCGCACACAAACACGCCCCGGCCCAACACCACGCCGGGCGGCUCAACGCUCUCCAGCGACCGCACAAACUCGGCAUUGAACACCACGGCGCCCACGUCUCUGUCUUCCAACAGCCAGUACGACGAGCUCGCCGCGCCUCUCAAGCGCAAGCGUACCACCCGCCAGCAGGUCGCCAACGAGGCCAAGCGGAGGGACGUCGACGGCCUGGGCGGCGCCUUUAUGGCCUACAAGCCUCCUCCCUUUCCGCCCAAGAAGUCUGCUGAGGUUCCCGUCAGAGUCGUUAAUGACGUAAGUCCAACCGUUUCUUUGAUUCCUCCAUUAUUUGAAUCUUUGCCCUCUCUACAACGAGCAGCACGACACUAUAACAAGAAUGCCAAAGUCGAUGAUGACGACGGUCAUUAUAUUGUCGUUCCGGACGCAGAGCUCACUGAUAAAUAUCAAAUCGUUCGUCUCCUCGGACAGGGAACCUUUGGCAAAGUCGUCGAGGCUCGCGACGUCAAGAGGGGCAAGCCUGUGGCUGUCAAGAUCAUUCGAUCUGUCCAAAAGUAUCGCGACGCCUCCAGGAUUGAGCUUCGCGUCUUGAACACGCUCAAGGCCAACGACGAGGAGAACAGGAAUCGAUGCAUCCACUUGCGGGACUGCUUCGACUACCGCGGCCACAUCUGCAUCGUGAUGGACCUCUUGGGGCAGAGCGUUUUCGACUUCCUCAAGGGCAAUGGCUUUGUCCCCUUUCCUAACAGCCAGAUCCAGAACUUUGCCAGGCAACUCUUUACCAGCGUAGCAUUUCUUCACGACCUCAACUUGAUCCACACAGAUCUCAAGCCGGAAAACAUCCUGUUGUGUGACAACUCGUAUCAAACAUUCACCUACAACAGGAAAAUUCCCUCGUCCUCGACCACAAUCAACAGGCAGGCAUCGCAGCGGCGUGUGCUUCUCGAUACCGAGAUCCGGCUGAUCGACUUUGGAUCGGCUACCUUCCAAGAUGAAUAUCAUUCCUCUGUUGUUAGCACUCGCCAUUAUCGAGCCCCGGAAAUCAUUCUCGGCCUUGGCUGGUCUUUUCCUUGCGACAUAUGGAGCAUUGGCUGCAUCUUGGUUGAGUUCUUCACUGGCGAUGCCCUGUUCCAGACUCACGACAACCUGGAACACCUCGCCAUGAUGGAGGCUGUCGUUGGCUCUCGCAUCGAUAGCCAUCUCGUUUCGGCCGUGAACAAGAUGUCGACUCGGAGUGGAGGGAACCCUGCUUCUAAAUACUUUAAGCGUCUCAAGCUUGACUACCCGACCCCUGAGACGACAAGGGGCUCGCGACGAUUCGUCAAGGCCAUGAAGCAUUUGAGCGAUAUCAUCCCUUCGAAUACGACGUUCUUCAAGAACUUCCUCGACUUGCUGAGGAAGAUCUUUGUCUAUGACCCUGCCCACCGGAUCACGGCCAAGCAGGCCCUGAAUCACCCGUGGUUCAAGGAAAUGGCCCAGCCCGACGACGGAACCGAGGCCGCCAAGAUUCGAUUCGAGCGA